AUGAUAAAAAAAAUUAAUAAAAAUCUUUUAAAUUUUGUUGAAGAGACACCUUAUAUCACUAGAUACUACAUUCUCCCUAAAAAGAUGUCUACUGUUUUAUCAGUGCUUAAGGGAUACCCACAAUCACAUAUUUUUCUAAAUAAAGUUACCAAGAAAGAAGCACCCAAUUAUCAUUUAAUAAUUAAAGAGCCAAUGGACCUUGGUACAGUGCAGAAGAAGAUAGGGACAUAUAAUACCUAUAAGGAAUUUAAGAGGGAUUUAGAUCUUAUAUGGGAUAAUUGUAUUAAAUAUAAUGCAGGGCCUUAUUUUAUAAGAUGUGCUAAUAUAAUGCGGCGCGCAGUUGAAAAUGCUGAGAUUACGAGAAGUGCUGUAGAAAUGCGAUAUAAUAUUUAUGACAGUGAAAUAGUGAAAGGGCUUAGAGUUUGUAGUGGUGUGGAGAUUAGGUAUAUUAUAUGUAGAAUGUUAAAACAAGAGGGAAUAGAAAGUAUAAGUAAGCAUGCGCUAGAUAUUUUAGAAGAUGUUACAAAAAAGAAGAUAAUGGAUUUUAUACAUAAAGUUAUUGUAGUAUAA